AUAUUAAAGAUGAGGUUUGCAGAAGGGACAAUAGAUAAUGAGGAGACUCAUCAUAAACUCAUUAAGAAGAAGUCGACAGCUGGUAAGGGAUUAACAGCUUCUUUACUGAAGAUGCAGAAAACCAGGAAUAUAAUGCAAAUUUUCAAGAAAUAUAUCCAUCACAGAAGUAAUGGUAGUGAUGAUAUAACUCGGGAACAAGGUUUAUUGGCAUUGAAGGAUCUCGGCUUACUUGGAUUAUCAUCAGCUGAUAUUAACGCAGUAUUUAAUAAGGCAAACGGGAACAAGAAGAAUCCUAGCGUAACCCUCUCUAUACAAAUGUUCAUACCCUUUGCUGGUAUUGAUAUUGUAUUGAAUAAAAUGCAUUGGCCAAGUGAUGAUGAUCUACCACAUCAUCUACAUCAAAUUCAAGAGGGAUUGAUGGAGAUAGUAUUGAUAUUCCGUGAAAUAGAUGCCGAUGAUUCGGGUGAAAUAGAUGCAUCAGAGUUGAGGACAGCUCUAUGUAAUACCGCUGGUAUGUCAUCACAGAAUGAACUAACCAAUGCCCGAUUCGCUGAGAUGGAUAUCGAUUCGGAUAAGACAGUGUCAAUUACUGAGUUUGUGAGAGCAUUCUUGUUCUGGUCUGGCUCAUUUGAAGAAGAUGACGACGACGAUGCUGAUGAGUGAGAUGAGUACUACCCGGUGGUGUAUACACACUACUAUUAACCUAUCAUAACCUUAAUCACUGAUGUUCAUUUAAAUCUCAUUGUGCUACUACUGUGCGUCAUACUAAUACUUCUUGAGUCACUAGUC